AUUACGCAUGCGCCGUUCCUCUCGCUGAUUCCGCCAGCAUCCCGUCAUGCCCCACGGGGCAGUCGAGACGUAGCCUCCCAGCCAGCUCGGACGCUAGAGCGGCAGCGCCAGGCCGACCAUGUCCGAGAAGAAGCAGCCCGUGGACCUGGGGCUCCUGGAGGAGGAUGACGAGUUCGAGGAGUUCCCGGCGGAAGACUGGGCUGGUUUAGAUGAAGAUGAAGAUGCACAUGUCUGGGAAGACAAUUGGGAUGAUGACAAUGUAGAAGAUGACUUCUCCAAUCAGUUAAGAGCUGAAUUAGAAAAACAUGGAUACAAGAUGGAGACCUCAUAGUUUUCAGUGAAGAUGGAAUAAUCUAAAAUUGAACUGUAGAUUGAAUU